UAGAGAAACUAUUUGUAAGUUAGGAAGCUAACACAUUAAUUUACAUCAAUGGUUUCUAUUUGGCAAGUUCUUGCAGUGAUAGUUGCAGUGCUAUACCCUGUUCAAGCAUUGCUCAACAUAUUCAUGAAAAAGAAAAAGAAACUUCCUCCAGGUCCUAAAGGGUUUCCAAUUAUAGGAAAUCUCCAUAUGGUAUUAGGCAAAAAUCUCCAUCAAGCUCUUCAUCAUAUAGCAAAAAAACAUGGUCCCAUAAUGAGUAUGCAAUUUGGUCUUGUUCCUGUAAUCGUUGCCUCAUCUCCUCAUGCGGCUGAACUAUUCUUAAAAAAACAUGAUAUUGCUUUUGCUAGUAGACCAUAUAAUGCAGCUGGUCAAUACAUUGCAUAUGAUCACAGAGAUAUAGUUUUCGCAAAAUAUGGACCUCAUUGGAGAAAUAUGCGAAAAUUGUGCACGAUAAAAUUGCUUACUAACAUCAAGAUCAAUUCAUUUCGAUCUAUGAGAAAACAAGAGCUUGGAAUAUUUGUGAAUUCUCUCAAACAAGCAGCUUCUAAUCAUAUUGAGGUUGAUCUUAGUGCUAAACUUGCCUCUCUAAGCGCGAAUAUGUCGUGUUUAAUGGUACUUGGAAAGAAGUAUAUGGAAGAGGAGUUUGAUGAAAGGGGUUUUAAAAAUAUAAUGGAAGAGACUGUAGUUCUAGCAGCAUCACCAAAUAUUGGUGAGUUUUUUCCUUUCCUUAGUGUGUUUGAUUUGCAGGGAUUUAUUGGUCGCAUGAAGGAAUUGGCAAAGAUUUUUGAUGAUUUUUUUGAGAAAGUUAUUGAUGAGCAUGUUCAAUCCAAGGACCAAAAGAAGGCUAAGGAUAUUAUUGAUACUAUGAUGACUAUUAUGCAAUCUGGAGAAGCUGAAUUCAAAUUUGAUCGUCGCCAUGUCAAAGCUGUCUUGCUGGACUUGCUAAUAGCUUCAACAGACACUAUAUCAACUGCAAUUGACUGGAUUUUUUCUGAACUUUUAAGACACCCUAAGGUUAUGAAGAAACUACAAAAUGAGUUGGAACAAGCUGUUGGCAUAAAUAGAAUGGUGGAAGAGUCAGACUUGGAAAGGCUAGAGUACUUAGACAUGGUUAUAAAAGAAGGACUUAGGCUGCACCCCCCUUCACCACUAUUGACACCUCAUGAAUCAAUUGAAGAUUGCAUAGUAGAUGGUUUUGAUGUACCUAAAGGUUCAAGACUUUUUGUAAAUGUGUGGGCGAUUGGAAGAGAUCCAGAAGCUUGGCCUGACCCCGAGAAGUUCAUGCCAGAAAGGUUCAUUGAUAGCAACAUUGAUCUUCGUGGGCAUGACUUUCAACUUUUACCAUUUGGCUCUGGCAGAAGAAGUUGCCCUGGAUUACAACUAGGGCUCACCAUCGUUCGCCUAGUGCUAGCACAAUUGGUUCAUUGCUUUGAUUGGGAGCUACCGAAUGGUAUGAUGCCAAACCAUAUAGACAUGACUGAGAAAUUCGGCUUAGUGACACCUCGAGCUCAACAUCUAAUGGCUAUUCCUACUUAUAGAUUGAAUGUAUAGUCGCCUUAAGUCUUACUAGAAGCUUGAGUGAAAAUCUUUUCUUUUUUUUCUGAAUUUCCAUUUAAUAGAAUAUAAAUAUCUAUGACGUACUUGUGUGAAUCUUCUGAAAGAGAAGGGUACUUUUAGGAAUGCAAAUAAAGGUGGUGCCACUACAUAAAAAAUGAUCAUUAGCGGCAAU